AGUAGGCGGUGCGGCUGAGUGACUCCCCCAUCCGGAGGGGACACCCCCACCCCAGGUUGCGGGGGGGCCGCCCGACCCGCCGGUAGCACAGGCAGCUACAGGGGCCGGGCUGCCGCCGUCCCGGGGCACGGUAGGGGUGGGGACGCAGCCGCUAUCCUCUCGCCGGGCGGGGGAGCGGAGCGAGGAGGGAAGCCGGCGCCGGGCGCCCGUCUGCCUCCGACCCGCCUGAGCCAUGCGGAGCUGCGUGCGGGCUAAGGGGGUUGCGGGCUGGGCCACCCCGCUGCUCCUACUCUGGCAGUGGCUGCCGACGGCGCGGUCCUACAACUUGGACACCCAGCACACGCUGCUUUUUCAGGGGGGCAACGGGACCUUCUUCGGGUACUCAGUUCUCCUGCACCGCCACGGCGAGGAAAGAUGGCUCGUUGUGGGCGCCCCCCGGGCCAGCUGGCCCGCCAACAUCUCAGUGGCCAACCCUGGGGCCAUUUUCCGGUGUAGGAUCGGGAGGAACCCCAGCAGGCGGUGCGAGCAGCUCCAGCUGGGCAACCCCAGUGGAGAGCGCUGUGGGAAGACUUGUCUGGAAGAGCGUGAUAAUCAGUGGCUGGGUGUCAGCUUAUCGAGGCAGCCAAAAGAAAAUGGAUCCAUUGUUGCUUGUGGACAUAGAUGGAAAAAUAUCUUUUACAUAAAAAAUGAACACAAACUCCCAUAUGGUAUUUGUUUUGCUGUCUCUUCUGAUUUUCGAACUGAGCUGAGCAGAAGAAUAUGCCCAUGCUAUAUAGAUUAUGUGCGAAAGUUUGGAGAAAACCAUGGGUCAUGCCAGGCUGGAAUGUCUAAUUUUUACAUUGAGGACUUAAUAAUAAUGGGAGCUCCUGGAUCAUUUUAUUGGACUGGCUCUGUCUUUGUAUACAAUACAACUGCAAACACAAUCCAUGCUUAUACAGAUUCAAAUAACCAAGUGAAAUUUGGCAGUUAUCUAGGAUACUCUGUUGGAGCUGGACAUUUUCUGACACCAGACAGUAUAGAAGUAAUUGGAGGGGCUCCCCAGCAGGAGCAGACUGGUAAAGCAUACAUUUUUAGCAUUGAGAAGCAACUAAAUAUUCUGUUUGAACUAAAGGGGAAAAAGCUGGGUUCUUACUUUGGAGCUGCAAUUUGUGCUGUGGACCUGAAUUCAGAUGGCCUCUCUGACUUGGUAGUUGGUGCUCCAAUGCAAAGUACCAUCAGAGAAGAAGGAAGAGUUUAUGUCUAUAUCAAUUCAGGUUCUGAGGCAAAGAUGGUAGAACUGAACUUAGAGCUCAGUGGGAGUGACUCUUAUGCAGCCAGGUUUGGGGAGUCCAUAGCCAAUCUGGGAGACAUAGAUAAUGAUGGUUUUGAAGAUGUAGCAAUUGGGGCUCCACAAGAAGAUGGUUUAAAAGGGGCUAUUUACAUAUACAAUGGCAGGGAAGAUGGAAUAACACCCUCAUUUUCACAGAGAAUACAAGGACAUCAAGUCAGUAAUUCUUUAAGCAUGUUUGGACAAUCCAUAGCAAGUGGCAUUGAUGCAGAUAACAAUGGUUAUCAAGAUGUAGCAGUUGGUGCAUUUCUUUCUGAUUCUGCUGUGGUGCUGAGAGCAAAACCAGUGAUAAUUGUCGAAGCUUCUUUGAAACAUCUUAAUUCAAUAAAUCGAACUAAUUUAAACUGCAUGGAGAAUGACCAGCCUGCCGUCUGUAUGAAUUUGAAGAUAUGCUUUACCUAUACAGGACGAGAUGUACCUGGUUAUAUUGUACUGCUUUAUAAUCUGAGUGUUGAUGUGAACAGAAAAAUGGAUACACCGGCAAGAUUUUAUUUUUCCUCCAAUGGAACAUCUGAUACAAUCUCAGGAAAUGCAAAGAUUUACAGCAAGAAUAUUACCUGCAAAGAUCACCCAGCAUUUAUGAGGAAAGAUGUAAGGGAUAUCUUGACCCCUGUAAAUGUUGAAGCAAGUUAUCAUCUGGGGCAUCACAUUCUACAGAAAAGAAAUGCACAAGAAUUUUCACCACUUCAACCUGUUCUUCAGCAGAGGAAAGAAAAGGAUGUUAUAAAAAGCAAGUUUGUUUUUGCUAGAUUUUGCUCCCAAGAAAAUUGUUCUGCUGACUUGAGAGUUUCUGGAAAAGUUGUUUUUCCAAAGCCUUAUGAUAAGAAAACAUACCUCACUGUUGGAAGUAUGAAGACUUUAUUGUUGAAUAUUUCUCUUCUUAAUGGUGGAGAUGAUGCAUAUGAAACUGUCCUCCACAUUCAGCUCCCUAAAGGUCUUUAUUUCAUCCGAGUUUUAGAUAUGGAAGAAAAGCAGAUAUAUUGUGAUGUAUUAGAUAAAGAAAUUCACGCAGUAAAACUUGAGUGCAGUGUUGGUUAUUUAUAUGUUGAUCAAAAAUCAAAGCUGGAUUUUAGUUUUCUCUUGGAUGCAAGUUCAUUUACCAGAGCAGAAGAUGACCUCAGCAUCCUCAUUAAUGCUACCUGUAAAAAUGAAGGUGGGAACAUGUUGCUGGAUAACACACUAACCUUAGCUGUACCUCUAAAAUAUGAGAUUGAGUUAAAUACUCAUGGGUUUGUAUCGCCAGCAUCAUUUGUCUAUGGGACAAAUGAGAGAGAUUCAGCAGUUACAUGUAUGAAGGAGAACAUUAACUUCACUUUCCAUGUUAUCAGUGCAGGACCAAGCAUGGCUCCAAAUACAAACUUUGAGAUAAUGAUACCUAAUGCUUUUCCACCCCAUAACUUCAAAUUAUUCAACGUGCUGGAUAUCAAGACAACAGCUGGACAGUGCUCCUAUAAUAAAUAUCCCAGAAAUUGUGGUGCAGCAGAAAAAAAUGAAAACAUAUUGAAGGAUGUUGUCACUUUCUUUUCAAAGCCUGCUAAGAGACAUAUGUACUGCAUGAAAAAUGACAGUCUUUGCUUACAAAUACAUUGCAAGCUUGGAAACAUGGAAAGUGGGAAAGAAGCAACAGUUCAGUUGCAGCUGGAGGCUACUCCUUCACUUUUGGAAAUGGAUGAUGUGUUGACACUGAAGUUUGAAGUAAGAGCAACAGCCUCACCAGAAAAAAAUGCAAAAGUUAUCGAACUAUACAAGGACAAACAAGUUGCAUACGUCUAUUUGGAAGGAGUGCACCACCAAAAGCCAAAAUACCAUGUUACUGUGCUAAUUAUUGGAAUAGGCUUAAUAGUUGGUGUUACCUUGUUUUUGAUUCUUUCAUUCAUAUUAUGGAAGAUUGGCUUUUUCAAAAGGCAAUACAAACCAAUCCUUCAAGACAACAACAGAAGAAACAGCUGGAGUUUUACAAACGGGGACAAAGAGGACUAAGAUGGCAAAUAAACAUUUGAUUUUAAAGUGAAGAAUUUAAGAUUUGGGUUAAUUCACAGGAGAAAUACCAAUAUCAAGAAAACUGGUCUUGAGGUCACUUGCUCUUACAAAAUACACUUUGCUUCCUUGAACUUUGUGGAGGACUACACCUUACUAGAGUACUGUUGUGUAUCUAAUUUGAAAAUGUUAAACCAAUUUGUUUUGAAGUCUCACAGUAAUAUUUGUAAUGCCAUAUAGAUCUGGUUUCAAACAGACAGAAGAACACUAAAGAUAAAAAGAAGAAUUCUUUUCCAGAAAGAAGAAUUUAUAAAAAGCAGUAUGUAUGGCCAGUCCUGGGGAAAAAAAAAGAUCUCAAGCAUAUUAGCAUGAGUUAUUCUAAUCAGUAACCUUUUGAUGAGACAUUCAAGAAGAAAUCCUCUCUUGUCUUGCUUUGGCAUUUUUACAAGGGUAAAAUAACUUAAACCAAUAGAAGGACUGGAAGUAGAGCACAUGGUUGUAGAAAAUGGCUAUUGGAAGCUCUCUUGGGCUUCUGAAGGUAACCUUAUAAGCUUUGGUUUCACAGGUACAACCACAACACUGCCUUAUAAAUACAGGUAAGGCAGAACCAGGAAGGUCAAGGUGGAUCAGAGCAGGGAAUUCUGUGGGGCAGCCUGGAGAUGGAGCACAGAAGCACCUCUCAGCUGCAGAAAGAGUAAUGUAUUUGAGAUCAUAAUUUGUAGCCAUCUUUAACAAUGGAUUUGCACACAUGACAGAAUGAGUUGUUUCAUCCUUUCCUCAGUUACUGCUGUCAUGAUGUUUUAGACUUCUCCAAUGACCAUUUCUAUGUGGGCUUUUUAAAACAAGUAUUUAUUUUUAUUUAUUUGAAGAUUUUUCUCUAGUACUUGGCAUAGUUCUAUUUAGUACUGGCAUCCUUCCAGGACCUGAAGAAACCCGAAAGACUUCACAUGAUGACAAAAAAGAGAACCACCUACCCAAAAGAUUCCAAACGCCAACCUACCUGGGCCAAAUUUUAUCUUUAGAUGUGCCAUCUUUUACCUGACAGUACUUAGGAAGGAAGUAAUUUGGAGAGCUAGCUUGAGUUCAUGGGAAGCUGUCAGAUAAAUACGAUCCAAACAGGCAUCCUCAGAAGCCAUUCUGGAAAGGCAAAUGACUGAACAGAAACAUGGUUCAAACCACUGCCCUGCUAUUUACAGGAAGUUUCUUCAGCUAGAUAAGUUUGCACUGCCACCUAGCUUUGGAGAGACAGUACAAGCCAGGGAAAAAAACGUGUUACUUUGCUCCCCAGUACAAAUGGAGAAUGUACAACUUCUUCGGUAACUGAAUUUAUUGCAAGAGCAUUAUGGCCUUUUUUGCCGUGCCUUUGAUGUGUUUCUGAACUGCAAGGAGAAAUGAAUGUAAUAUGUGCAUACACUUUGAAGCUGCACCAUCUUACAGGAAUUAGCCUGAGACUCAAAAACAAAUGGAGUGCCUUCAACAAGCACUUUUGCUAAUGGAGUGUUUGGUGCCAUAAAAGCCACGUUGUCCACAGACUCUAAAGGUAUUCGGGACCAUUUUGUAAUUUCCUUUAACUGUUUGAUGCCAAAGCUGUGGAUUGUGCUGAAGUAAAUUUUCUCUCUAAAAUCUUCUGCAGUGUAAGGAAAAAUGAAUGUGCAUAUAUUGUAAAAAACCAAAACAAAAAGAUAAAAACACCACCAAAAACCAAAAUAAAGCAAAACAUUUUCUUGUAAGUCUAUGAAAAUAGACACCAAAUGCUUAUCUUCCAACUGGCUUUAGUGAAUUUCUGCACUUUAACAAAAAUAUCUUUGAAAAGAAAUGGAUUUGAUAACUAUAUACCUCAAGUACUAGAAGAAGCAUUAGCAUUCUUUUUUAGUACAAACAAUGCAAAGAAGUGAAACUAAAGCAUUUUAUUUAUCUUUGAAAUGGUUUACAUAAAUCAGUACAUGUGAUAAUACUGCCUUGGAAAUUGUACACUUCCUGCUCAGAUUUUAUUACAAAUGUGUAAAUUGUUGGCUGCCUGUUCUUAGGCCAUGAAGCAAAACUCAAGUAGCUUUUAUAAACCAGGUUGUCAAAAAUGAAUGUACAAUGUCCUGCUGGUGGCAAGGUUAUAAAUUAUCACUAUUUCAUUUUUAUUAAAAAAACUCCAACCAGUUAAGCACAUGAAUGCUAUUUCUUCUGCAAGGUCAAUUAUUUGGUUAGUGUUCAGUUAUGUAAUAAAACCAGGUAAAUCUACUAGAUGUAGCUGAAAUGUCCUUCUUGAGCAUCUUUAAGCAAUUUAGUUCAAAUUGUCUUAACAUAUUAGAAAUACUUGAUGUGAAGUAGUAUCAAUUGUAAUAGUUUACCAGGGGACUACUCACUGCAGCUCAGACAGCAAGUAUAAGCUUAAAUGAGAGGUUCCAAGCAGAUGUGAGGAAAACAUUUUCCUCCUCAGGACAGCCAGGCAUCUUAGGACAGGGGUGCAGAAGAGGUUGUGUCAUCUCCAUGCUUGGAGGUUUCAAGGCCAGACUAGAUGAAGCUGUAAGCAAUCAGAUCUGAUCUUUUAACUAGACGUACACA